AUGAUGGCGGCUCCUGCUCUGUCCUGGUGUCUGUCCCUCCUUGUCCUCCUCUGGCCCCUGGCCAUCCCUCGGGCAUCUACAUCGGUGAACGAUGCUUCCAAGCUCACGUGCUUCUACAACUCGAGAGCCAAUAUCUCCUGUGCCUGGAGCCAGGAUGGGGGACUGCAGGUCACGACCUGCCACAUCCAUGCCCAGCCGGAUAAAAGGCAGUGGAACGAAUCCUGUGAGCUGCUCCCAGUGAAGCCGGGAUCCUGGGCAUGUAACCUCAUCCUAGGACCCCCAGAUUCUCAGAAACUGACCAUAGUUGACGUCAUCAGCUUGACCGUGAUGUGCCGCGAAGGGGAGAGGUGGAGGAGGAUGAUGACCCAGAAUUUCAAGCCCUUUGACAACAUUCGUCUGAUGCCCCCCCACUCCCUCCAAGUCGUCCACAUAGGGACCCGCAGAUGCAACGUAACCUGGAAUGUCUCCCAGUUCUCCCACUACAUUCAAAGCAAUGUGGAGUUUGAGGUCCGGACAAGGUCCCCGGGCCACAGCUGGGAGGACACCCCACUGCUGAGCCUCAGGCAGAACCAGCAAUGGAUCUCCCUGGAGACGCUGGCUCCAGACACGCUGUAUGAGCUUCAGGUGCGGGCCAGGCCCCAGCUAGGCAGCCACGAGGCUUGGAGCCCCUGGAGCCAGCCGCUGGUCUUCAGGACAAGGCCUGCAGCAACCAGGAAGAAGACCCUGCCCCUUCCUUGGAUGGACCACAUCGUGUUGGGCCUCGGCUGCACUUUUGUUUUCGCCCUCUUGGUUUACUUUCUGACCAUCUUUCGGUACAACAGGCCGUGGCUGAAGAAGGUUCUGAAGUGUCACGUCCCAGACCCCUCGGAGUUCUUUUCCCAGCUGAGCUCCGAGCAUGGAGGAGAUUUCCAGAAGUGGCUCUCCUCACCCUUCCCCUCAUCCUCCUUCAGUCCCAGCGGCCCAGUGCCCGAGAUCUCCCCACUGGAGGUGCUGGACAGGGAUGCCAAGGCCACGCAGCUGCUCUUUCUGCAGCAGCAGGACAAGGGCUCGUCAUCCUCAACCGAGACCAGCGGCCACUCCGUGACCAGCUGCUUCACCAACCAGGGCUACUUCUUCUUCCACCUCCCAGACGCGCUGGAGAUCGAGGCCUGCCAGGUGUACUUUGCCUACGACCCCUUCACGGAGGAGCCCGAUGAGGGUGGGCCCGGGGUGCCAGAGGGGGCUCUCCUCCCACCCCUGCCGCCUCCGCCAGGGGAGGAGGAUGCCUACUGCACCUUCCCCUCUGGGGACGACCUGCUGCUCUUCUCCCCCAGUCUCCUCGGUGGCCCAGGCCCCCCGAACACUGCCCUGGGGGGCAUUGGGGCUGGUGAAGAGAGGCUGCCCCCCGCCCCGCAGGAGGCAGUUCCUGGAGACUGGGCCCCCCAAUCCCUGGGGCCCGCCACCCCGGAAGCCCCUGACCUGGUGGAUUUGCAGUCACCCCCGGAGCAUGCGCUGAGAGAAGCAGGAGAGGAGGUGCCUGUCCGCAGCCUGAGGGAGGGGGCCGGCUUCCCCUGGGCCAGCUCUCCUGGGCAAGGCCAAGUCCGGGCCCCCACCUCCUGCCUGACCCUGAACACUGAUGCCUACCUGUCCCUCCAAGAGCUCCAGGAUCAGGACCCGGCUCACACAGUGUAG